UUUUUGCACAGAAUUGGGCUUCUUUUGGUUGGGUCACGAAACCCAUUUGUCUUACCACUGAGAGCGGGAGAGGAGGCGAAGGUGAGAGUCUCCAGAGAGGAACAUUGGAGCAAACCCCAAUCCUCUUCUUCCUCAAUUUUCGUCUGCUCUUCAAACUCGAAUGAAAACCACCACCAUUCUUCCCACUUUGUUUUCUCUUUUGCUUCAAAACCCGUAAACCCUAGGAUAAAGGGGGAAGCAACCUAGAGUGUAGAGCGUCGGAAAACAAAGGCGAAUCGUGAGCAAUCGAGAGCGUGGAAGUGGAGAGCGAGAGGUGUUCAAAGAGUUUCGCGUCGAGGGUUUUAGCGUGAGGAGAAUUCUUACCAGUGAAAGAGACGAAGGAUAGAAAUGGAUCUUCUGUGGAAUGCUUAUUCUAAUGUCUCAGAUGACGAAGAACAACCCAAACGGCAAAGACUAUCAUCCUCUUCCUCUAAUCUGCCAAAACGACAUCUUCCUUUGCUGUCUCCUCCUUUAUUCCACCGAACGCAAUCUCCCAUUCCGGGAAGUUAUAUAUCAAAACGACAACGCGCUCUGAUGGGUCCCACCCCUGUCCCUCUUCUUGAUCCCGUUCCUGUUCCAUCUCCCGUCAUGCUACCAGGUAGUAUCUCAGUUACUGAUGUACAGCAUAAUAUUUUGUCAUUGUUGAAAAGUAAAGCAAAGGAUCAUCAAAGCCAAAACCUGAUAUCUGAAAAGCUAUCUGCAACUUUAUCCGGGCAUACUAGUGCAGUCAAUGCUAUACAUUGGUCAUCAACUCAUGGUAUGCUCUCUUUGUUGACAAACUCUUCCCUUGUAUUGUAUGUGUUAUAUGCUACGGUCUUAAUAAGAAAUGAUUUUCCUCAGUUGUUUCUUGUUAAUUGUUAUACAUAGAGAAGAUUAGGAGAAAUCUCCCUUGUGUUCUUUGCAUACACAUAGGGUAGUUUAUUUAUAAUGUAAGAUAUGGGCCAAGGCCGUUAAUACAGAAUGGGCUGAGACCAAUUAACAUAAACACACAUCUUAACAUCUAACACUCCCCCUCAAGCUGGAGCAUAUAAAUCAUAUGUUCCAAGCUUGUUACAAAGAUAGUUAAUUCUAGGUCCUCGUAAAGAUUUAGUGAAUA